GUUCAUCCCCAAUUACCCGUCAUCCUCUGCCGUAUGACGUAGCGACAGCCGCGGCGGAGGUCAGUUCGAGAGGACGAACGAAGAACCCCAUAAAAAUCGUCUAUUUGGGGGAAAAUAACAGCCGUCAUCAUGGGGAAGCACUUUGGCGAGCUGUACAAGAUGCGGCACAUCAUCACCUACAGCAUCUCACCUUUAGAGCAGCGAGCCUUCGCCGGAUACUUCACUAAGGGCUUCCCUAACCUGCUGAGGAGAGCCAAGAACAGAGUAUUCAGAAUCGUGCCUCAGCUGGUGAUCGGGUAUGUCAUCUACAGCUGGGCUACAGAGGAGAAUGCCCGCUCCAUCAGAAAGGGUUUUGAGGGCCCAACAGAAUAGAUCCUCCCAUCGGCAACAGUGUACCUGAAACAACUCGAUGUGUGGAGUGACCAUCUUUGUUUUGUGAACAGUAGACUCUUGCCAUGAUGUCAUCAGCACUCUUAGAUGGUUGCAUACAGCAUUGACUUUUUCAACCCAUUCUAUCGUAUCUAUCCCCUCUCAAUAACAGUAUAUCAGUAGGCCUUGGAAAAUACAAAGUCAACAACAGCAUGCCGCAUCAGAAUGGUUUUGAGAUUGUAAAUGGUUCUAGAAGAAGGCUGCAUUAAAGUUACAUCAAAUUUAUACAUAAAC